GAAACUUAAAAAUAAAAAAGAAAAUGUAAAUCUCAUUUGCUAAUUAUGGGCAAGAGUUUAUUGGCUCCCUAUUUAAAGGCAAGUGUGCCCAUUCCACACUCUCAUGCAGUAUAGUUCUUCCUUACUCCAUACACAUACAUCACUGUUUCUUUUUACUACAAAAACCUAGUACUGUGUUUUUUUUCCCUUCUUUGCACUUGGUAUAUCUUUGUAUCUAUUUUCAAGUAAUUAUUCUUCAUUUAAAAAAACAUAAAUACAUACAUAUAUAAUAAUGUCUAGUCGAAGAACACGAUCGAGGCACUCGGGAUCUUCAAGAGUCACCGAUGAUCAGAUCAACGAGCUUGUCUCCAAGUUGCAGCAACUUCUUCCUGAGAUGCAUAGUAGACGAUCGGACAAGAGGUCAGCAGCGAAAGUGUUGCAGGAGACAUGUAACUACAUUAGAAGCUUGCACAGAGAGGUUGAUGACUUAAGUGAGAGGCUGUCUGAAUUGUUGGAAAACACAGACACCACUCAAGCUGCUCUUAUCAGAAACUUACUUAUGCAGUAGAAUUUAUUAUUUCAUGUUUUCUUUUUUUUUUCCAUUUUCUACUUUCUACAUUUUUAUUAUUUUCCUUUUUUUUUUUUCAAUAAAUGCGAUUUUCCAGUAAUUGUUCGUUUAGAUUUCCAUCGAUCGGUAGACGAGGAUCUUAUUCAAUAAGAUGGAUUUAAUUAAUAUAUUUUCCAAUUUUUGCUGUAUUUUUUUUUUAUUUUUUAUUAUCAUAGAUCUAUAUAUUGUUGGGGUAACACUGAAGGGAAAGAAAUAGUGUCGGGGUAUUUUUGUCAUUCUCCCUUAAUCUUUGAAGCAUAUAUAUUGACGUCUACAAAACUAUAAGUAAUAAAUAUGAAAUACUAAAUAUUGUUUCAAUUUUACUGAUAUCGUUACAAUUUC